AUGGAGGAUGGUAAUAUACAGGACCAGUCGCAGAAACGCUACCUCACACAACGUCGUACCGUGGACAUCAGCUCGCCCUUUGAGAAGCUCUAUUUCUACAGGAAGCAUGGCAUACAGCUACCCACAAUUGAGCCAGAGUCGUCAUACACAACAGAUAUAAUGCCACCGUGUGCAUAUCGGUCAAGAGAUCGUGUGAUUAAUGUUACUAGCAAGUUUACACAUCUGAGUUCGAAUAAGGUUAAGCAUGUAAUUCCUGCGAUCAAAUGGACGCCAGAAGGUAGAAGACUUGUGGUAGCCACCUAUAGUGGCGAAUUUUCGUUGUGGAAUGGUUCAUCUUUCAAUUUUGAGAGCAUUAUGCAGGCUCAUGAUUCAGCCGUGACAACGAUGGAGUAUUCCCAUGCGGGCGACUGGAUGGUGAGUGGAGACUCGGACGGUACCAUCAAGAUAUGGCAGCCAAACUUCAAUAUGGUUAAGGAACUGGACAGAGCACACACGGAAUGUAUCCGUGACGUAGCGUUUAGUAGUAACGACUCGAAGUUUGUAACGUGUUCAGAUGACAACAUCUUGAAGAUUUGGAAUUUCAGCAAUGGUCAGCAGGAGAGGGUUCUGUCGGGACAUCAUUGGGAUGUCAAAAGCUGUGAUUGGCACCCUGAAAUGGGUCUGAUAGCUUCGGCGUCAAAAGAUAACCUGGUGAAACUGUGGGAUCCCAGAGUGGGACAAUGCAUCUCAACAAUACUGAAUUUCAAGCAUACCGUCUUGAAGACAAGAUUCCAGCCUACGAGAGGACACUUAUUGGCAGCCAUCUCGAAGGAUAAAUCUCUUCGAGUGUUCGAUAUCAGACAUAGCCUAAAGGAACUGAUGGUUGUCAGAGAUGAAGUCGAUUAUAUGACUCUACUUUGGAGCCCCAUCAAUGAAUCUAUGUUUACAGUUGCUAGUUAUGAUGGUUCACUAAAGGAUUUUGACCUUGUUCAGGAUCUGGAUGCGCCCAUCCACACGAUACCAUAUGCCCAUGAUAAAUGCAUAACGUCGCUAUCGUACAACCCGGUCGGACAUAUCCUGGCAAGUGCUUCCAAAGAUAGGACGAUAAGAUUUUGGACCAGAGCGAAGCCGCUGGAUCCUAAUGCUUUCGACGAUCCAACUUAUAAUGACAAGAAGGUUAAUGCAUGGUAUUUUGGCAUCAAUAAUGGUAUUAAUGCAGUGAGAGAAAAGAGUGAAAAUGGCGCAGCACCCCCAUCGGCUGAUGGGACUGACGGAUAUAGUUUGCCACCACUGUCAUCCUCCAGCAAUACUUCCUCUUUACCCGGGAUAGAUUUAGUGCCGUCCAAGACGUCAAGUUUACCUGGAUUGAGUAUAUAG